AUGGAGAACUCAAAUGAAACAUCUUCCAACCAAUUCUUUCUCCUCAGUCUUGCUGAUACCCCAUACCUAAAGGCCUUGAGCGUCCUAAUAUUUCUCACCAUGUAUAUACUAGCAUUGUCAGUAAACUCUCUGCUCAUUACCAUGGUUAGAAGCAAUUUGCAGCUGCAUACCCCAAUGUAUUUUUUCUUAAGCAACCUGUCCGUCAUUGACAUUGGCAUAACGUCUUCAGUCUUACCUAAACUUAUCAUAAUUACAAUAACACAAGAUACAAGUAUUUCACGUCUUGGUUGUGCUUUACAGAUGUUCUUCCAUUCAGCCCUUGUAGGAACAGAGUGUAUUCUUCUGGCUGUUAUGGCUUAUGACAGAUAUGUAGCCAUCUGCAAGCCUCUGCACUACAAUACAAUCACGAACAAGAGAUUUUGCACUUCCAUUGCUGCUGUUUGCUGGGCUUUAGGAUGUAUCAAUUCUAGUAUUCAUGUACCAUACACCUUACAGCUGCCAUUGUGCAGAUCCCACCAUAUCAACCAUUUUUUCUGUGAGAUACCAAUCUUUGUUCAUUUGUCUUGCCAAGAUACUUGGCUUCAUGAGUUAUCAAUGUACAUCUCAGCUUGUGUCCUUGGCCUUAGUGCGUUCAUAUUGACUCUUUCUUCAUAUGCUUAUAUCAUUUCCACUAUUCUAAAUAUCCGUUCCACUGAAGGAAGGCAUAAAGCUUUCUCUACAUGUGCAUCCCAUCUUACAGUGGUCUCUCUUUACUAUGGACCUAUAAUGUUCAUGUAUUUGCGUCCUCACUCCAGAGACUCUCCUAGCACAGAGAAGAUUGUGUCCAUUAUGUACACAGUUGUGACGCCAAUGCUUAAUCCCAUCAUCUAUAGCAUAAGGAAUAAAGAUAUCAAAGUUACCGUCAAAGGAACUAUGAAUAAGUUGUCAUAA